AGAUAAGCAAAAGAGAGAGUGGUUUCGAUGCUACUUUCUUCAAUCGAGAUGAGCAAACAGGCUGCGCUUAAAAAGGCCAAGGAGCUUGCUUCCUCUGCUCCUGUCGUUGUUUUCAGCAAAACCUAUUGCGGUUAUUGUAAUAGGGUGAAGCAGUUGCUGACACAGGUGGGAGCAACUUACAAGGUCAUUGAACUGGAUGAGCUAAGUGGUGGAUACGAACUUCAAUCAGUACUAGGCCACUGGACUGGGCAAAGUACAGUACCUAAUGUGUUCAUUGAAGGGAAACACAUUGGUGGUUGUGACUCUGUCCUGGAGAAGCACAAAAACAACCAACUCUUGCCACUUCUCAAUGAUGCUGGUGCUGUUGCUAUCAACUCUGCCCAGCUUUGAUUAAACAUCUGUGAGACUAGAUGAAUCUUGUGCUAAAAGAUGGAAAAACGUUUCCCACAUUACCAAUGUACCUCAAUUCCAAUCGGGGACGAAACUAAAUAGAGUGUAGCAUCAAUAAUGUUAGUAUUUAAUAUGGGGUGAUGCUUUUGUCUUGUUGUGGCUUUUGUCUUGCUGUGUUUUGAUUUCUGCUGCUUCUGGAUUUGUGGUUCCUCCUGGAUCAAAACAGAAAAUAAAAUUUACUUUUUGGUGGUGCUGUGGAUGGUGGCAUCAGACAAAAAUCUAUCGUGCAAUGAUAUUUAGAUGAAUAUUCCCGA